AUGGCGGAGACGUCAGUCAAGAUUAGCUUCAUUGAGAAGAAUAUGCCGUCAUAUUUUUCAUUCAGCAACAUAACCGCAGCCGUAAAAUACAAGGGUACUCAAAAGGAAUUACUUAAAGGUGUUUCUGGGUUCGUAAAGCCUGGAGAGUCACUCGCAAUUAUGGGUCCUUCUGGCGCAGGAAAGACCACAUUACUCGAUGUCCUCUCGUAUCGUAAAUCAGUCGGAACAUGGUCUGAUGACAUACAUUUAAACGGUGUUAAGCUCAAGAAGGAGGCUUUCAUCAAGAGAGCCGGUUAUGUGACAUCUGAAGAUGUGCAACACCCAGAAUUGACUGUGCUCGAGACUUUGAAUUUCGCUGCUGCUUUGAGAUUGCCGGCUCAGAGCUCUGCAGAGCAAAGAGCACAACGUAUUGCUGAGGUUGUUGAUGAGAUGCAUCUUAAUGAUGUGUUGGGACGUAAAGUUGGGUCGGCGUUGGAACGAGGUUUGUCUACUGGUGAAAGGAAGAGGCUGAAUAUUGCUUUGGAGUUGAUUCCUGUUGCCUCAGUCUUCUUCAUGGAUGAGCCAACUACUGGUUUAGACUCGAACACCGGUCGUGAAGUCAUCUCCUCAAUCAUGGAGGUUGUCAGAGGUCGUCAACUGGCUUGUAUCGCCACAAUUCAUCAACCCUCGUAUUCCAUUCUUCGACAAUUUGACCGUCUCUUGCUACUCGCUAAUGGUGAAGUCGUUUACUUUGGACCGACUGCUGAGGCCAUUCCGUACUUUGAGGAACUUAAUGUUGCUGUUGUUGGUAACCCAGCAGAGAUUUAUGCUGAAGUUCUUGCAGCUCAGCCAGACGAAUUCAUUGCAGCAUAUGCAAAAUCAACCUUGAGAGCAUCCAACGAGAAGAAGAUUGAAGAAAUUCACUCUGGUACAGGUUCAAUUGCCAACUUUGUGUCAACCAUUGAAGAUCCUACUGCUGGUUUCUGGGGAUCUCUUGGAUUUUGGCAGAAUGCUACUGGUUUGAAUCAGGCAAGUUCAUGUGAUUGUGAUGACUAA